CUCAUCCACUCCUCUUCCUCGAGGAUAAAGAUAAACCUCUCUCUAGAGCUUUUCCCUCUCUCUCUCUCUCUCGAUCUCGAUCUCGAUUUCGCCAUGGCAGCAGUCUCCUCACUUUCGACAACUUUCUCUCUCUUAUCUCUCUCCUCGAACUCUCCCAACUCCAAACCCUCACUCUCUUUUUCUCUCCUCAGCUCCAAGCCCCGCUUCUCCCUUCAAUCUCGCCCUCUCCCUUCUAGAACCUGCGCCGCUCCCGAGGCCAUCGAGGCCCAAACCCUAGAACCGCCGACUGAAACCCUAGACGCUGGCUUCCAGGGAUCUGAUGAGGCUUCCCCUCUCUCCGUUGGCGCCGAUGCGGAAAAGAUGGCACCGAAGCAGAAAAUAAGAAUAAAACUAAGAUCCUUCUGGGUACCAUUAAUUGAGGAUUCAUGCAAGCAAAUCAUGGAUGCUGCCCGAACCACCAACGCCAAAACCAUGGGUCCUGUUCCCCUUCCCACAAAGAAGCGGGUCUACUGUGUUCUUAAAUCCCCCCACGUUCAUAAGGAUGCACGAUUCCACUUUGAGAUCCGUACUCAUCAGCGAUUGAUCGAUAUUUUAUAUCCUACAGCCCAAACCAUCGACUCAUUGAUGCAGCUCGAUCUUCCUGCUGGUGUUGAUGUCGAGGUCAAGCUCUAAUCUUAAGGAAAUGCGUAGCAUUCAUUAUGUUGUUUUUAUGAGUAGUUAUGUAAGAAAAGUUUCUGUUGUGUUUUGUGUAACUAAGGAGGAACGAAGAUUAUUGGUACCAGACUCAAGGAAUUUGGGUCUUUUUUGUUUCACUAGUAUUACUUGUGAGAUGAAGGAUGAUUGUGAUAACUGAUAAUGCGUACACUUCUCUUGCCCCUGGAGUUUUAUUUGGGUUGGCUGUUGAAAGCAGUAACAAUCAUUUGAAGGCCAA